CAACACCACUGCACCCAGCUAUGCUUCGUUCUGCAUUUGACAACAUCCCAGAGUCAAUCAUCGACCAAAUUAUUGGCGAGAUAGUGGAUACGAUGUGCUUUCGCGUUGGCCAGGAGCUGUUUGAUAUUGGCCCGAUACGCAUAUACUCAGAGAUUCCAGCCAUGAACCAGACGUGGAGCAGGAUCAUUGAUAUGAAGAAGAGUUCGUUUGCGUCAGUAGAAGUUGCUGAUAAAGAAGUCGAGCUAGUUCGUCGCAGCUCACAGACCCUCCAGAUUUUGCGUAGACAGUCUGGCUAUACGGGCAUCCCAAAGCAGAUCCUCACCAGCGAUGCCGGGAUCCCAAUAAUCUAUCCUAACUUGCACCGGCUUGAAGUUGACACACUACCUGAUCUCGACGAUAUUGGCGGCCCUUUGGGCACCUCAGCACCUUUCUCUGCAUUGGAACUCAAGGUCCAGUAUUUCUCGUACGACAUCGACCACAUUGUUUGCGAGGGAGCGCUUUCAGCGCUUUCGCUCAACCUGCCAGACCUCCGUAUCCUGAAGGCAAGUCGUCUGGAGAUGGGCAUUGCAGAUUUGCUCUACUUGGUCAACCAAUUGCCGGCGCUGUAUCCAUUUGACUCUGCCCUGGGCAGCCAUGUAGACGCACAGUACGAUCGGCUGGUGGUGAUGCUAGUAGACGCGCUGCGCAAUGACUUUGUGUUUGGCAACAACUCUGGCAUGGCGUACACGCAAAGCCUGCUGCGUGAUGGGCGCGCGCUUGGAUACACAGCCAAGGCGUUGGCGCCAACAGUGACGAUGCCGCGGAUCAAGGCGCUGAUGACCGGUACAGUGCCAAACUUUUUGGAUGCUGUGCUCAAUACUGCCGAGUCCGACACGAGCUCGUCGCUCAAAUUCCACGACAACCUGCUGUGGCAGCUAAAGAACCAUGGAAACAAGACGAUCAACCUGUUCGUCGAAGUAGACCUGAAUGUGACACGGCAUGUCAAGCCAGACCUGGAGAAGGAUGACUGGGAUGUGACUGUUUUCCACUACUUGGGACUCGACCAUAUCGGGCACCUGGCGGGACCUAAUAGCCCGCUGAUGAAGCCUAAGCAACAGGAGAUGGACCAGGACGCUGAGCGAAUGGCCAAGGACAAGGCGGCCAAGCCGACGCUAUUUGUGCUGCUCGGCGACCACGCAAUGAACGAGAUCGGCAACCAUGGCGGCAACUCGAAGCUGGAGACGUCGACUGUGUUUGUGUUCAUGGGACAGGGCAUAAAGGGACAAGAUCUGCUGACUAAGGAGGUGCCGCAGAUUGACCUGGUGCCGACUCUGUCGCUGCUGUUUGGCGUGCCCAUUCCCAAAAACAACCUGGGCCUUCCGCUGAUCGAUAUGCUUGGCAAGUACUCGGAUGGAGAACUGUUGAGGUUUCUUCAGCUCUCGGCGUUCCAGAUGUUUGGUGUGGUGCGAGCCAACGAUCCGUCGGUAGCGGAUGCGCUGGCAGCCCACCACAGGGCUGGUAAGGGUGGCGGCGAGGGUGAGGAUGCCAGGGCAGCUGAGCGCAAGUACUACCAGUUCAUGGAGCACGCCAAUGAGCACCUUUCGCGGACAUUCAGCGGGUAUGAUCUCGGCGCAAUGGGCACAGGCAUCUUCUUUAUCGCGAUCGGCAUGCUGGCCACGUACGCUGUGUCGGUGGCCUCCAGCAGCUUAAUUGAAGAGGAGCACCAGUACUGGUAUUUCUGGGUGCAGACAAUGCUGGUUCUGCGGCUGAUGUCCAGCCCCACCAAAGGGAUCGCUGGCGCGGACGCUGCUGCAGAUACAGGCCAGAAGUGGGCUGGUGAGCUCGACAUCCGGCACUCGCUCAACACAACUUAUGCGCGGGAGAUGUGGCUGAUGGCAAUAGUGGCAGCGCUGGCGACUAACGUGUGGGUAUACCGCCUGCACAUCUACCUGUACCCGCGUCCAUCACGCGAGAGCAUCACAGGGCCGAUCGACGAGGCCAGCGCACAUCUGAUGGCAUACCGCAGGGACCACGAGUUGUCCGAGCGCAGACGGGCGAUCAACGAGAGCGCGCGGCGAACGUCUGAGCAGCGGGCGCUGGUGCUUGGCCAGCGUGUAUUCCGAGCACUGGUUGCCUAUGCAUCCACAUGCGCUGUGGUGCGUCUGACAUGGGGUGUUGUCCGCAAGUGCGCGCCGCCAGAUCUGGCCAAUGUCGCGCGCAUGGUGUAUAUGUGCACAGGGGCUGCUGGCUUCGCUGGAAGCCGCCUGUGCCUGAAUCCAGGCGAGGAGCAGGCGACGCUGGCACAGGCAGCGGCGCUGGAUACGCUGGUCGCGAUCACACCACUUUUGAUGCUGCUUUCUCGGCCACACAACAUCGCGGUGUUUGCCCUGUUCACGUCGAUCUUUGCAUUGUUUGACGGCCGGCUGAUCCGCCUGUGGGUGCUGCGCGGCUCAUGGAUCCAAAAGACCACCCGCGAGGACCGUGGCGUGUCGCGGUACAACGAGAACCUGGUGGGCCUGCUGCUGUUUGUGGCCAACUGGGCUGGUCCGCUGUGGUGGGCGGCGGCCGGCCUGUGUGUGCUCUCUCUCAGGAAACCGGCUCUGGCCGGCCGCUCCAUCACUGAAGCGCUGGUGUCAGCCCACCUCUGGCAAUCGUGCGCCCUGCUGUUGCUGAGCAUCGUGGUCACCGCCCUGCGCACGCAUCUGUUCAUCUGGUCGGUGUUUUCGCCCCGCUACCUGUACCAGAUCGGGUGGAUGGUCGGGUUCUACACUGCGUGCCUGACCCUGGGCGGCAUUGCGUGGGUAGCUGGGCUCGGCUAUGUAUCUUCGUAG